AUGCUCCGUCUCGUGCUGCGGCUGAAGCCGUCCUCCAGGCUGUCAUGUCCCCGUGUCCUCCCCGGGCCCUCUGCCUCUUUGGGCUCAUGUCCAGUGCCCAGAAGCAACUGUCUGAGGCGGCUUCACAGCGGGACGGCUGUCCGGACAGUGAGCUGGGGCCACAGUCUCACUCACAGAGGGGUCCUGCGGAGUAUAGGGGCCCCGGGCCCCGGACAGAUCCGCUACUACAGUCUGCCGCCUCAUCAGAAGGUAGAGCUUCCUGCACUGUCCCCCACCAUGCAGACGGGAACCAUUGCAAAAUGGGAGAAAAAAGAAGGGGAGAAAAUCAGUGAAGGGGACCUCAUUGCUGAAGUGGAGACUGAUAAAGCCACAGUUGGCUUUGAGUUGCUUGAGGAAUGUUACAUGGCCAAAAUUCUUGUACCUGAAGGAACAAGAGAUGUAUCUAUAGGAGCUGUCAUAUGUAUCACAGUGGACAAACCUGAGCUUAUAGAAGCCUUUAAAGAUGUAACUUUGGACUCCAUCACUGCAGCAGGUGCAGCUCCGUCUCCUGGGUCUGCUCCUCCUCCACCGUCUGCUCCUGGUAGCUCCUACCCCUCCCACAUGAAGAUCACGCUUCCAGCUCUGUCACCUACAAUGACAAUGGGAACGGUGCAGCGGUGGGAGAAGAAGCUUGGAGAGAAGCUCAGUGAGGGAGACCUGCUUGCUGAGAUUGAAACUGAUAAGGCAACUAUUGGCUUUGAGGUUCAGGAGGAAGGUUAUUUGGCAAAGAUCAUGGUGCAAGAAGGAACCAGGGACGUUCCACUGGGCACACCACUCUGCAUUAUUGUGGAGAAAGAGAGUGACAUUGCCGCCUUUAAAGACUAUGUAGAGACCGGAGUGGCAGAGGUGACCCCCCCUCUUCCAGCCCCAACACCUGCCCCUACGCCAGUGGCUCCAACUCCAGCCGCCGCGCCUGUCCCUACAUCUGCGGCCCCUGCCACCCCCAGAAAGGGCCGCGUGUUUGUGAGCCCGCUCGCUAAGAAACUGGCAACUGAGAAAGGAAUUGACCUGGCCCAAGUUGCAGGAUCCGGACCUGAUGGCCGAAUUACCCGAAAAGACAUUGAGACCUUCGUUCCUCCAGCUGCACCUGCUGUGGCUGCUGCUCCUGCCCCAGCGGCUGCUCCGUCUCCUGCUGCUCCUGCUGCUCCUGCUGCUGUGCCUCCAACUGGCACUUAUACUGACAUCCCCAUCAGCAACAUUCGCAAAGUCAUUGCUCAGAGGUUGAUGCAGUCCAAGCAGACCAUCCCUCACUAUUAUUUGUCAGUCGACGUCAACAUGGACCAAGUGUUGGACCUUCGCAAAGAGCUGAAUGCUGAGGUGAAAGCACAGAAUAUCAAGCUGAGUGUGAACGACUUCAUCAUCAAAGCCAGUGCUCUGGCCUGUCUCAAAGUCCCCGAGUGCAACUCCUCCUGGAUGGAAACAGUCAUUCGCCAAAAUCAUGUGGUGGAUGUGAGUGUAGCAGUCAGCACACCCAAUGGACUCAUCACUCCCAUAGUCUUUAACUCCCACAUUAAAGGGCUGGCAGCGAUUAGCUCAGAUGUAGCUGCGUUAGCCGCUAAAGCCAGAGAUGGCAAACUGCAGCCUCAUGAAUUCCAGGGCGGUACCUUCACUAUUUCAAAUUUGGGAAUGUUUGGCAUCAAGAAUUUCUCCGCAAUAAUCAACCCUCCUCAGGCUUGUAUCCUCGCUGUCGGAGGCUCAGAAAAGAGGCUUCUUCCGGCAGAUAAUGAAAAAGGGUUCGACGUGGCCAGCAUGAUGUCGGUGACUCUGAGCUGUGAUCACCGAGUGGUGGACGGAGCCGUUGGGGCACAGUGGCUUGCAGAGUUCAGGAAGUUCUUGGAGAAGCCGGUCACCAUGUUGUUGUGA